AACAAAGCGGAGACUUUUUUGUGCAGCUUCUCUUGCUCUUCCUCCUCCUCCUACUCUGCUCCCUGCAGCACUCCAGCUUCAGUCUCCGCUUUACUUAUCAAGCCACCCUUGACUUCUCUUCCCAUUCCCCUCCCCACUUCCUCCUCCUCUUUGUUCUCUCCACCGCAAGCCACCAUCUGCCUCUUCCUUCCUUCAAUCCCCGGUUCCUCCUUGGCUGCGGUAAGAUCGAUGGGGAACAUCUGCGGCGGCGCGGGGAGGGCGCAUGUGGCGGUGGAUUACAGGCCGUCUAGCCCAGGGACAAUGAACUCCAAGACAAGCGGCAGUAUCACCACCAGCAACAGCACAACAGGGAAGCUCUCCUCUGGAGGCAGCAGCUUCAUGGCGUCUGCGGGCAGCGGCGGCACAAACAGUGCAUUCGACGAAGGGGGCUUCCUUGAGGGUCAGAUCCUGGAGGCGCCAAACCUCCGGACAUUCACAUUCCUUGAGCUCCGGACAGCUACCAAGAACUUCAGGCCGGAUAGUGUCCUUGGGGAGGGUGGGUUUGGGAGGGUGUACAAAGGGUGGGUGGAUGAGAAGACGAUGAACCCGGCUAAGAGUGGUACCGGCAUGGUUGUUGCUGUCAAGAAGCUCAACUCGGAGAGCAUGCAGGGAUAUGAGGAAUGGCAGUCGGAGAUAAACUUUCUGGGAAGGCUGUCUCACCCAAACCUAGUAAAGCUAUUGGGCUACUGCUGGGAGGACAAGGAGCUACUGCUUGUUUAUGAGUUCAUGGCCAAAGGGAGCUUAGAAAACCAUCUUUUCAGAAGAGGAUGUGCUCCACUAUCAUGGGAACUGAGGUUGAAGAUAGCCAUUGGUGCAGCUCGAGGACUUGCAUUCUUGCAUGCAUCAGAGAAGCAAGUUAUCUACCGUGACUUCAAGGCUUCCAAUAUUCUUCUAGAUGCAAACUAUAACGCGAAGCUCUCUGAUUUUGGGCUUGCUAAGCUUGGACCAACUGGUAGCAACUCGCAUAUCACGACCAGGGUCAUGGGCACCUAUGGAUAUGCAGCUCCGGAAUACGUAGCCACUGGCCAUCUAUAUGUCAAGAGUGACGUUUACGGUUUCGGAGUUGUGAUGCUGGAGAUGCUGACCGGUCAGCGAGCGCUGGACCCCAACCGUCCCAACGGACAACUCAGCCUCGUCGACUGGGCGAAGCCUUACCUGAAUGACCGGAGAAAGCUGGCUCGUAUCAUGGACACUCGGUUCGAGGGCCAGUACAACUCGAAGCAAGCCCUCCAGUCGGCACAGCUGACAAUGAUCUGCCUCGCUGCUGAGCCCAGGAGCAGGCCCUCGAUGAAGGAGGUCCUGGAGACACUCGAGCAGAUCGAAGCGAUGAAGAGCCGAGCAAGGGAGGCGAGAGGAGGAAGCGGGUCGUCGAGAGACCGCGGCCAUGGCCGCGGCACCGCGCAGCACCGGUCAUCGCCACGCACCAGCGAUGGACGCCGUGGGCCGUCGAGAGCCGCUAACGGCCACGCCACGAAGGCGCGGUGAUAAUAAUGCCCGGCACCGGAGCUGACGACGACGAUGACAUUCUUCCUUGUACAUGGCCUAAUUAAAAUUAUUUUUUUGUCUGAUGCUGGUGUUUGAGCUUGUGAUCCACGGUGAGUGUAAAAGAUACUCCUAUAUAGCAACAAAAUUCAGAGUUAUCUGAUAAAUUGUAUGCUGUAUCAAUGUAGAAAUUGUAGAGGGAAUAAUUCUUCAGAGUUCCUGCACCACCUGUUCAUUCGUUUUGCGCUGCGUUGGAUAAUAGAUGCUACCAGUACUACCAUGGUUUGUUUGUUAA